AUGAUUGUGAAGAAUAUACUCGCUUUGAGGAAAUUCUCAAUGUUCCUACAAGGGAUAAUUGUACUUCAGCCGCUAUAUCUCGGAAUUAACACGCCUUACUACACGAUUAAAAGGUUUAAAAUCCCGGAGUCCUCAGUGGACCUAUACAUCACUAAAAUUAACAUCACGAUGCAGCUCGGAUACUUCGUGGGACUUCUGCUGGCUAACUUCUACUUCUACGUCUUCCCGCGCUGGAUACAGAGGUAUAACCUGUACAUUUCAGUGGUCACAAACUGGCUCACAGUUACCUACUCCACACUGCUCCUGCUCUCCUACCUCGUCAAGGGGGACGAGGGCUCGCUCACAUUCUACUUCUACAUGCUGGUGAUGUGCGCGCUGGUGUUCGGAAUCAACGAGUCGUUCGCAAUGAACGUGGGCAUCGUGGAGCUGCCCUGGUUCACAGCCUCGAUUCCAGCAUCAGGCCUCAUGGUGGUGGCGAUCGAGUUCACUAUCAUAUCGUGUCAGAUAACAAUUUUGAUCUUCCUCUGCGCUUUUACCUCGGUGCUCUGGAUGGUCUCUUACAUGCAAAUUUCGCACGACGCCUAUCAGAUCGACGAGGCAUCCUACCAGGAAAUGGAGCUGGAGGCGCAGAAGUACUACUACCCAGCAGACUAUUCGUUCUUGAAGAGGAUGUGGAUGUCAAGGUACCCGUUCGUCGCCUCCGCAGUGGGAUUAGGGUACCUCUACGGCUUCUACCCGGCCAUAAUACCGUACAAGCUCGCAAACUUGAGGGACGCGUACUACAUAGACCUGGUGUCAAUCUUCGCAGGCUCCUCAGUGGCGCUGAUGGUAAGUAUGCUGUGCGAAUACACGAGGUUCGGGCCGAACAAGAACUGGGAGGCCACAGAUUCGAAGUGGGUGUACUCGCUCUUCGUGGCAAUCCCGUACCUGCUGCUCCCGGUCUUCUUCAUUAACCCUCUGCACUUCCCGGAAACGCCCGUCUUCAAGGUCAUUUUGGAAAACAGAGGUGUUGUGGCACUGCUUGCAGUCUCCUUCAACAUGAUGAGCUGCUUGCUCACAGUAGUAGGAUACUCGGCCUCAUCGAAGCAGACCAACAGAGAGAACGACCCGGACAUGGCUCCGCUGAACGUGUUCAUAACCUACACGGUGAUGCUUUGCGUAAUCCUGUACUCGCAGGGGUACUUGACCUUUUACGGCAUGGUCGAGUCGGGAAAGCUGACGGUAGUAGAGGGAGGCAAGGGCAAGCGCUUCUUCUACUGGCUCGGAAAGUCGUUUGUGUACGGGUGGAAUAGGUUCAGGCUGAUUCUAGUCUCAGACAUAAGGGCGGACAUUCUGAAGAUCAAGGAGCUGUAG